UAAAUCAACACAUCUCCAUUGUCUUCCAUUAUUUUCUAAAAAUUGAACUACAUCAGAAUUUCACAAGGUACAUGAUGGCUUCGAAAAUUACUUUCACACAUGUUGCAAUUGUUCUUGGUAUUUGCCAGAAUGUUGUCCUUGCAAUUUGGUUACCAUGUGAUUUCAAUGAAAAAUGUCGCUGCACCAGUAUUCCACAACAUGCUGAAAGGGAUAGAAAAGAAAUGCUGAAUGUCGAUUGUUCAAAUAGAAAAUUAAAGGAAAUACCAGAUUUACCAUCAAAUGUUUAUACUUUGAGUUUGAAAAAGAACAAUAUUAAAGUGAUACACGAUGACACGUUUAGUCAAUUAAGAAAUCUUUCUGAAUUGGAUUUAUCGUUUAACAAAAUCACACGUCUAAAUAUAUUCUCUUUCAACGGACUGUCGAAUCUCCUAACCUUGAAUCUGAACAAUAAUCCCUUAAUGUACAGUAAAAACGCAAUUCCAACUGAAGUUUUUAAAUCGUUGAUUUCCCUGAAACAUAUAUGUAUUAGACAUAUUACUCCAAUUGGUAGUUCAUUACCAGAAGUAGCGCUAUCAAACUUGAAAUUGCUCGAAUCAUUAGAAAUAGAUAUUCCGUUAUCAAUAACGCCACGCACAGUAAUUUUCGGGAAACGUUUAGACUCUUUAGAACAUCUUGAAACCAUUAAAGUUGGUCAAUGCCUAUAUUUUGCUAUUAAAAACGACACUUUUGUCCAUCUGGUUCAUUUGAAGAACAUAUACAUUGACAUAUUGUGUGUGAUUUCAAUUCUACCUGGAGCACACUAUAGUUUGAAAAAACUGCACAAAAUAGAAAUGCAUUUUUUCUACAAUAAUGAUAUUUUUCCAAUUCGUGAUGCAAUUAAAGAAUUAAGUCUGACACCUGUCCAGGCAAUCGUUUUUAAGAAGACAUGUUCGCAUGGAAGAGAGGAUCCAUUAUACAUGUGGAGCGCCCUGGCAUUGGGUUUAAACGGUUCGUCAGUAAAACAUUUAAAACUUACAGAUAACAACCCAGUUUGUCUUUUCCCAGUAUCAAAAUGGUACCCAGCUCCGCCAUCUUUACUAACAUUGAAACUGCCAAGUAACAAACUUGACCGGUUCGCAUUGGAUUUGACAAAUAUACAGAAACUAGUUUUACGAGACAAUAAUCUUGGGAAUUUUCUUCGUUUGAAAUCUUUUAACAAACGGUCGGAAAGCAAUUCCAAACUAGAAUAUAUUGAUUUAUCUGAGAAUAAUAUUUACACAUUGAUACCCUCUAUAUUCGAGGGACAGGAAGAAUUAAGAUUUAUCAAUAUAAGUAACAACCAUUUACAACAAGUUUUAUUUGACGUGUCACGGUCAAAUAAUUUAAGUUUCUUAGAUUUAUCCAACAAUUCAAUCUCAGCUUUUGAUCCGAAUUCAAUGAGAAUGUUUGAUUAUAUUUCUUUUACUUCUAAUCUUACGAUUUAUUUAAGGAAUAAUUCAUUACAAUGCACAUGCAAAACAUUGAUAUUCUGGAAAUGGGUAGUCGGAACUCGUGUUAAUGUAUUCUACGACCAACAAUGUUCAUCGGAGGAUGGAGUUGUUAUUCGAUUCAUGUCUAUACAUAAAAGAAUUCAGGAGUUAGAAAAAGAGUGCAUAUCAUAUGUCAUUUUCAUCAUCAUUGCUUCAAGUGUUCUGAUGGCUACUCUAAUUUGUAUCGUUGUUGCCGUUGUUCAUAAAUACAGAUGGAAACUUAGAUAUAUGUUUUACCUUGCUAAAAGCAAACAUCGAAGACAAGAGGCAAGCACUGAUUUUAAACAAUAUGUGUAUGAUGCUUUUAUUUCUUACUGUGAACAUGACAAUUUAUUUGUUAUAAAUGAUUGCAUUCAAAAUUUAGAAAUGAACAGAAACUUCAAACUAUGUUUACAUCAACGCGACUUUUUACCAGGUGAAGAAAUUACGACUAAUAUAACAAAUGCAAUACAUGAAAGCAAAAAGACUAUAUGCAUUGUAACGAAACACUUUUUUGAUUCUUAUUAUUGUAUGUUUGAGUUUAAUAUGGCCCGAAUGGAAAGCAUGUAUUCAAGGGAUAAAGGGAACAUUAUUUUUCUGAUAUUUUUAGAGCAAAUCCUACCUCAAAAUAUGCCCCUGAUAUUGUUGGAACUUGUCCAAAAAGACUCUUAUAUUGAGUAUCCAAAUGAUGAACAAGGAAAUAUUGUAUUCUGGGAGAAAAUAGACGAAGCAUUGUGCCAAUAACAUUUAUUGUGGUACACGAAAACUACACGUAGAUAAGUCUGUAAAAAUCGACAGAGCGUUUUACUGACGUUAUAUGGUUAAGGAAAUAAUACGCUUCUUAAUGUUCAAAAUACGUGUUUGUCAAUCUGCUAUUUUACCAAUGAAAUGUUCCGAUAAAAUGUGUUAAAGAGACAACAACCCGACCAAAGAGCAGACAACAACCGGUAACCACCAAUGGGUCUUCAAUGCAGCGAUAAACUUUCGCACCGAAGGCGUCCUUCAGCUGGCCCCUUACCAAAUAUGUAUACCAGUUCAUGGAUAAUGGACGUCAUUUUAAACUCCGAAUUAUACACAAGAAACUAAAAUUAAAAAUCAUAAAAGACUAACAAAGACCGGAGGCUCCUAACUUUGGACGGUGCAAAAUACAGCGGGGGUAAACAUGUAUAUAUUGUGUAAAAAAAAUUGUGAACAAUAAAAUAG